GGGUAGUAGAAAAUCCAGGAAAACAGAAAAAUGGGAAUAAAGUCAAAAAAAUCGUAUGACCGGCGAAUUUCUUCGCGGAUUAAGCGAUAUAACGUGUGUGGUUCGUCAUAUCAUCUUCACAGUCCUGUUGUGUGGGACACUGUUUGUGUGUCUGUGCGAUGGGAAUCAAUGACUGGAGUCAGUGUUAUGGAGAUAGUGCCCUUGGACUUUUGUUCGUUUUUCAACAACCGAGCACCAAGUCCACAGGUUAAUCUCCGAAAUUGCACCUGGUUUAAGAAAAGCAGCUGCUGUACGCAAGAGGAAAUUGACGCCACGUUUGGAACAGUAAAGCCUUUGCCGGGCAGCACGCCAGGGUGCCAGAGGUACACGAACUACUUGAUGUGCCGUUCCAGAACUAGUUUUACCGACAGGAGAAGCUGACGGUGUGUGAGGAGUUCUGUAAUGCCUGGCUCGGUUAUAGGCAGAUUGUACUCGAAUGGCUGGGAGUAUUGUGAGAAGCGGAACUACCAGUGUGAACCCAUGGAGAGCCAAAACUGUUUCACCUUUGACUUCGCCCUUGAAAACACAUCCGGUGCGUCUGAAAACCGUGUGAUCUUCGUUGUGGAGUUUUUAUUGGCAGCAGCAUUUUUACUGAACUUGAAGCCAUGACAGUCGGUUUGAUAUUACGUCUGAAUUAAUCUUUUUCAGUAUUGGGUGGUGUAUUUUCCGAUUCAUUGUUAACUCAUGGACAUUGUUAUACCAUAAUAUAUUUGUGGUGAUUGUAAAGUCGUGAUAAUAUGAUGCAUUUGAAACUAUGUCAUCCAAUUUAUGUUUACAAAAAAGUGGUUGGAAGAGAAAAUACAUAUAAAAUGUAUUUGUUGUAAAAUGUAGAUCGACAAUUGAACUAUUAUUAAUAUUGAACCUAUAUUUUCAAAUAGAUGUACAAUUAAAGAAAAGUUUGAAUCAUAAUCAAUAACACUGUGUUCUUUUUUCAUUUCUUUUUCGUUUUGUCUGUUCUACAUCUGUUUCGUAAUAAACUAAACAAACUCGUAAAUCAGUUAUACAAAACACAGUCGCAUUGCCAUUUCGCACUGAAGAGACAUCUAAAAUAUGGCUACGGAAAGUCAGUUCCAAUUAUUCAAAGAACGUUUGUCAUCUCGUUGCU